AUGAAGAAGUCAGCCGGGUCGUGGCUGCCAAUAAACGACAACCCCCCUACAACCAAACCCGCCACUACGAGGGUGGAGAAAGACAAAAGGAACACGCCAGGGACGGCAGUCCGAGUAAGACGCCAAAGCCAUUUUCCCGAGUCGGGAAAUUCACCAACUACACCCCCCAUCACGGCACCAAUCACGGAAGUUUAUCAACAGAUAGCCGAGAAGGGGAUACUGUCGAGACCCCGACCUCUGAAGGACAGAACGGGGGAAAACAAAAGCCUUUACUGCGAAUAUCACAAGGGAUACGGACACAAAACCCAAGAUUGUUUCGACCUGAAGGAUGCCCUGGAGCAAGCAAUCAGGGACAGAAAGCUUGCCGAAUUCUCCCACCUCAUAAGGGAGCCGAGGAGACGGAAUCGCGAUCACGAGGGCGAGGACAGAUCCCGGGUGACAAGACGACGCCAAGAACCAGAGGGGGACGACCGCGGUCUCACGGUGGUGAACGUCGUAACAGCGAGAAAUUCCGCCCCGAGGUCGAGAUCGGCACAGAAGAAAGACACCAAAGUCCUGGCAGUCUCCUCCUCAUCCGCGCGAAGUUCCCGGGGACUCCCAUCCAUCUCCUUCGGCCCUGAGGACCAAUGGUUCGACGAGGUACCGGAAAGUCCCCCCAUGGUCAUCACGGCCAGAGUCGGAACCGGCCUCGUCAAACGGAUCCUAGUGGAUACGGGGGCGGACUCGAACAUCAUGUUUCGCAACGUUUUUGAUGCCUUGGGACUGCGUGAUGCUGACCUAGUGACCCACCAGCAUGGUGUGGUAGGGUUGGGAGACCACUUCAUCAAGCCGGAUGGGAUCAUCUCCCUCCCGACCUCCUUGGGACAAGGACAGAGGCGAAGGACAGUAAUGGCCGAUUUUGUAGUCCUGCGGGACUCCACAGCCUACAACAUCAUCCUGGGGAGAAAAACCAUCAACGACCUUGGGGCAGCGAUUAGAACCUUUGAUGGAGAUGAUCAGAGCCAAUGCCGACCUCUUCGCUUGGACGCCAGCCGAUAUGCCAGGGAUAGAUCCCCAGCUCAUGUCACACUAUCUGGCCGUCAAGCCGGAGGCUAA